GGAUGAUGACGUAGAUCGGAAUGAGGGAGUGAAUGUUCCGGGUCAGAAACUGGACGGGAGAGGAAAUAACUCCGGGACGAGACGAGGAAAAAAACGAGAAUGCUACCCCCUUCCACACGGGGAUGUAACGCGUAUUUUAAACGUUAAAGGAGAGGGAGGUUUAAUAACAAAACAACAGAAAAAAAGGGGACGCAGGUCGACGCGAGGGCGAGCAACCGAGCGGCGAAAAGUACAGGUGCCUAAAAACUAACCAAAGUGAGACAUCGACGGAGAAUCACUCGUCGCGACCUCACGGGCGUAACGCCACUUAACGCGCAGUUUCGGCGUUCGCUCUGCAGGACCGUCCCGCCCCCCCCUUCCUCCUGCUAAGGCAAUCUGUUGCAUCGCUCGUCCUCCCCGCUGUUUGUUUACCGCACGGAGGCUCUACUCCCCAGUGAUGUUUCACUGCAUCCCCCUGUGGCGGUGCAACCGUCAUGUCGAGGUGAUCGAUAAACGCCACUGCUCCCUGCUCUACGUGCCCGAUGAGAUUUAUCGCUACGGACGAAGUUUGGAGGAGCUGUUGCUGGAUGCCAAUCAACUCCGAGACUUGCCCAAGCCAUUUUUCCAGCUGGUGAAACUAAGAAAACUUGGCCUGAGUGACAACGAGAUUCACAGACUUCCACCAGAAAUAGCCAACUUCAUGCAGCUGGUAGAACUGGAUGUGUCUAGAAAUGAUAUUAUGGAAAUUCCAGAGAGUAUUUCAUACUGCAAAUUCCUCCAAGUGGCAGAUUUCAGUGGAAAUCCAUUAACAAGAUUACCCGAAAGCUUUCCAGAGCUAAGGAAUCUAACAUGCCUUUCCAUCAAUGAUAUUUCAUUACAAGUUCUACCAGAUAACAUUGGGAACCUUUCCAAUCUGGUAUCACUGGAACUCAGAGAAAAUCUGCUGACAUUCCUACCAGAGUCACUUUCCAUGCUUCACAGACUCGAAGAGCUCGACCUGGGAAACAAUGAGCUGUACAGCUUGCCAGAGUCAAUAGGCGGUCUUGUCAGCUUAAAGGACUUGUGGCUGGAUGGAAACCAGUUGGCCGAAAUCCCUUCUGAGAUGGGGAGUAUGAGAAGCCUGUUGUGUUUGGAUGUAUCCGAAAACAAAAUGGAGCGACUCCCGGAGGAGUUGGGUGGCCUGUUGGCGCUCACUGACCUGCUGGUGUCUCAGAACCUAAUUGAUGCUUUACCUGAAAGUAUUGGAAAACUACGGAAACUUUCUAUUUUGAAAGCUGAUCAGAAUAGGCUAACUUAUCUUCCAGAGAGCAUCGGUAACUGUGAAAGCCUGACUGAACUCGUGCUCACUGAGAACCAGAUACAGAGUUUGCCGAGGAGUGUUGGGAAAUUAAAGCGACUAUCCAACUUCAACUGUGACAGGAACCAGCUAACCGCAUUACCUAAAGAGAUCGGGGGCUGUAGCGGUCUGAAUGUCUUCUGUGUACGAGAGAACAGGCUGACGAGGAUCCCGUCUGAGCUCUCGCAAGCAACAGAACUGCAUGUUCUUGACUUCUCUGGGAACCGGCUCACCCACUUACCGAUGUCCCUGACCACGCUGCGGCUGAAAGCUUUGUGGUUGUCAGAGAACCAGUCGCAGCCUCUCCUCACCUUUCAGACCGACCAGGAUCCCGUCUCAGGGGAGAAGGUGCUCACCUGUGUGCUGCUGCCCCAACAACCAUGUGAACCGGACAAAAAAGGCUCAGAUAAUCUCGCCCGCUGUGGAGCCCUGGAGAGUCUGGUGAAUGACAUGGCGGACGACACGUGGGACGACAAAGCCACCAACAGGAUCAGUGCCAUUCGCUUUCUGGAUGAUGAUGAGGAGGAGGAUGACGACCAGGGAACACUACUUCGACGGGCCACGCCUCACCCCGGCGAGCUGAAGACGAUGAAGAAAACGGCCGAGAACGUCCGCAACGACUUGAACGCUGCCAAGGGCCUGGACUCCAACAAAAACGAGGUCAAUAAACCUGUGGACAGAGUGACCACAUCCGUGUGACCUUUUUUGUUUUUUACCUCAGACGUGUUUUUCACCUCCUGUGUCUCGCCAUAUUCGUCCUGCACAACCCCCGCAGCCCCUUCUUUCCUUUUACCCCCGAACCCCAGUGUGUGGCAUACCCCUCCUCUGAUUACACCCUGGGACGCCUGGGACCGCACCCCCUCUCUAGUCCUGUGACUCCGUCUACCUGGGUCGCUGUGCCUUCCUCGUUUAAAUUAAUGUCCAGAGUAGUAAUCUGCACAGGGAUGCUUCUUUUUAAGAAGAUAAUUUAAAGAUUUAUUACUUUUUUAAAAGCCUCUUUAAAAAAAAAUACAUUAGGCACUAUUAUAAGUCUUUAUAAUAUGGUCAAACCUUCUUUAAUGUAUUAUAUAUUUGUUUCAUAUCUAUUUUCCAAAACACUGGUUUAAUACUUUUUACAUUUUGGGCAAAAAUAAAAGCAGGUGUUUUUGGACCUACUGAUUAAGGAUUAUUGUAUUGACUCUUGUGAAUAUUGCUACUUUUAUACUUUUUGGCAGCUCAGAUGUAAAUAAAAGUGUAUAGUAAACUUUUUUUUUCUUGUGAACUUGGUACUGUCUCUUAAAAAAAAAAUCAAAAUAAUGAACAAAACAUAGCCACGGAUGUCUUAUUCAAUACAUAUAAUUGCUAUUGGUUGAGCGGAUGGCCUUGAAUCCUUUUUUGUUCAUUUUUAAAACAUCCAGUUUUUUUUUGGAUUACAAAAUUGGAUGAAUUAAAUUUGGUUUUAAGUGCUGCAGAUUAAUCUUUAAUUACUCAUCUGCAACAUAAUUGUGCAGAAGUAACAGUGCGUCUUAUUUAUGUGCUGUGCUUUACUGUUUUACAAUGGUUUUCAAAUAGAUGCCAAAAAAACAACAUCUUUCCUUCUAACAAAGGAACCUGUGUACAAUAAUCAUCAAAGGUAUGGUCAGAAUGAGGUUCGAGCCACAAGGACGGAAUCAUUUAAAAAUGCAUUUGUUAGAAGUUCUACUUUAAUGCACUUCUCGGCAUUUAUUAAAUUCUUUUAAAUGG